UUCAAAAUACCUUGGUUGAGAAGGAAGAAUCUCUAUUUCCGGAACCUUUGCAUAUAUGUGAGACUCAGUUUCUGUCUUUGGUCAUUUGGUUCGCCUUCUUUAGCAUUGUGAUUUCUUGUUUGUUUCAACCAUUGUCUCCGCCACCCGAAGGUCUCCCCGUCGACCUCAAAACAAAAGCGUGGAACGCCGCUACAAGCCCGAAUCCUCCGUCAAAUGCACUCUGUAUCCAAGUAAUCGUGCGAUCGUUGAGAUAGCGUCGCACAUUUUAAGACAGUCAUUGCAAUCGACGUUGUUUGGGGCUGUGCUUCUCGGCGAUUCUGUCAAAAAUCUCCGUCGGCCGAAAAUUUGUUCUUGGCGAUUGCGCCCUAGCUAAGACAAUCGAGUCGUUACGCCUGAUUCUGUGGAUAUUUAAGACAGACAGAGAAGAGUCAAUGAGGCGAAUACUUGGAGAGUGAAACUCGCGGUCUCACAAUGGCAAAGAAACCUCACGUGGACUUUGCCACGACCAUAUUUUUCCGGCAGAUAUGGACCCUUGUCGAUAAAACCCUCCGAAUAGCAUUGUAUCGAAAUGCUCUCACCACCGUCGUACGGGCCUUUGUGGCUCCAAUUGCCUUUAUGAUAUUUUUGACUUAUGCCCGAAUUUUGUUUACGCCACCAUCCAUGUACGGAAUUGGGGCGCCCGCUGCCGUGAGAAACCUGACGGACGCGGUUCUAUCCGACACCACUGGACGCCACAAGAUUGUUUUCUGCAACAACGGUCUUUCCGGGGGCGCCAUCGACCAUGUCAUUCAAACCGUCGCGAAACCUCUGCAAGAUGCUCAUGUCGAUGUGGCUAUACUCUCCGAUCCCAGCGAGGUGUCUUUUAUCUGUCCAAGCAAUCUAAAAGGUCUCACGAGAUGUUUCGGUGCUGUGACUUUUGAGUCCUCACCGUCAGAAGGCUGGGGUGCCGGAUGGUAUUAUUUUCUGCAGGGCGAUGCAGUACUCGGCGAAAGGCUGGAUAUGACCAAUUCUAACAAUGACGCCGAAAAAUAUGUGCUUCCUCUGCAGCGAGCAGUUGAACAUACCAUUGCUUCAUUAAACAGAACUCACGGUCACUCGCUGCUGAAUGUAAAGACGUAUGAGCUUCCCUAUACCUCGCAAACACAGGAGCAGCGUAAGCAACAGCUUCGGAUUGGUUAUAUGGGAUCUGUCUCAAGUUUCAUGGCCAUUGGCUUUGUCAUUGGUAUGAUUGGGGUCGUGUACCAUCAAGUCGGAUUCAUGGCCUCGGAACGCGAAUCGGGCAUGUCUCAACUAAUCGAUGCCAUGAUGCCUAAUCCUCGCCGCUGGCAACCUCAAGCUGCCCGGCUAGCCGCGCAGCACUUGGCUUUCGAUAUCGUUUAUUUUCCGGGAUGGCUCGUUAUGGCUUGUGUGCUUGCAUAUGGUCUUUUCCCCGAGACCAAUGCCGCCAUUGUCGUCAUCUACCACUUGCUCUACGGCUUUGCCCUUCUCUCCUUCUCUAUUUUCAGCGCCUCCUUCUUCAAGCGAGCGCAGCUCUCGGGUAUCUCAGCGACUAUUAUUUUCCUCGUCCUGGCAAUCGUUGCCCAGGUAUCAGUCUCCAAGUCACAUUCCGCGGGCACAAUUGCAAUUCUCGGCCUUUUGUUUCCUCCCAUGAAUUAUGUAUUUUUCAUAAUACUCAUGGCUCGCUGGGAGAGGCAAAGCUUGGGAGCCAACCUACUCAAGCAGGCUCCUCAUAAUCCCUGGGAUCUACCUGGUCUUGCCCUUUGGAUUUUCCUGGUCAUACAAAUCUUCGCUUUUCCAGUACUGGCCGCAUUGGUUGAGCGGACUCUCCAUGGCACUGCCUCUCAAGGCCGGAAUCUUGUUUCCGGGAAUGGAGACAAUGAUGAAAAGGCCGUGCAUUUGGAUUCCUUUUGUCUCUACUACCGACCCAACAGGGUCUCCCGUUGGUUCUUGACGCUCUUUCGGCGGAAGUAUACCACGGUGAAAGCAGUAGAUCAUCUCUCGCUCACCGCCCUUCCCAGUCAGAUUCUCGUGCUCUUGGGGGCCAAUGGAAGCGGAAAGAGCACGACUCUCGACACAAUCGCCGGACUGAAUCGAGUAACUAGCGGUCGCGUCUCUGUUAAUUCAUCCGGCGGGCUAGGAAUCUGUCCACAGCGCAAUGUCCUCUGGCCCGAACUUACAGUGGAGGAGCACGUAUAUUUCUUCAAUCGACUAAAGUCUACCCAAGGACUAGAUUCGAAAGAUCAAAUAAAAAGGCUCAUAACGGCCUGUGACCUCGGGCUGAAGUCAAAAGCGCGAUCAAAAACGCUCUCUGGCGGCCAGAAGCGGAAGCUCCAGUUGUCCAUGAUGUUGACCGGUGGCAGUAAAGUUUGCCUGGUGGAUGAAGUGUCAAGCGGUGUCGACCCUCUCUCUAGAAGGAAAAUAUGGGACAUUCUCCUUGCUGAGCGAGGAAGUAGGUCCAUUAUACUUACUACCCAUUUUCUGGACGAAGCAGACGUGCUCUCUGAUCACAUCGCCAUCCUGGCAAAGGGUGUUCUUAAGGCGCAGGGUUCCGCAGUCGAGCUCAAACAGAGGCUCGGUGAUGGCUACAAGGUCUACGUCUAUGAUUCGCACAAACCUUUUACUCACAGUCUAUCAAAUGUUAAAAGGAAAAUAUUACACGAUCGAUCAGUCUACACCCUGUGCAAUUCUGCUGACGCCUCGUCCUUUAUCAAUGCAUUGGAACACUCGGAUAUCCAAGAUUAUGACGUCAAUGGUCCAACGAUUGAGGAUGUAUUUUUGAAGAUUGCGGGGCAAGACCAUGAAUUUCAAUCGAAUAGUGCAUCCGAACGAUCCUCAUAUCAAUCUAGUAGUUAUGUUACAGAGUCCUUAUAUCUGGGUUCUGAAGGCAAGGCCACUACCAUCAACCUUGGAAACCCGGACCUGCAGCUACAAAAUGGAAAGCGCAUCAGCAUGAAACGCCAAUUUUGGAUUUUGUUCAGAAAGCGGUUGACAAUACUUCGACGCAACUUCAAGCCGCACUCUGCGGCAUUUCUUGUCCCUAUUAUUACAGCUGGGCUAGUCACCAUGUUUCUCAGCAACUACACCCGCGCAAACUGCCGGUCGAUGAAUUAUACAUCGCUUUCUAGGCGAUCGGCCUCAGAGUCAUAUUUGUCAAUGCACAAACGUGCUUGGGUUGACUCUGCGGACGAGAAUGCCACGAUACUGGUCGGGCCUCCGAGCGCCCUCACUCCCAAUGUCCUUGACAAGAUUGGCAACAAUGAAUCGAUUCGAGUGGUUGACAGUCUAAACGAAUGGCGCCGCGACAUUGGAAGGAAUUUCGCCGGUCUGGCCCCUGGCGGUUUUUUUCUCGACAAUUCCACACCUGUUUUCGCUUACAAGGCAAAUGGAGGAAUGAAGAAUGCUGUCGCCGUGCAAAACAUGUUCGAUAACAUUGUAGGGAACAUGUCCAUAGGUGUUCAAUAUACUAAUUUUCCGAUAUCUUGGCAACCAAACACCCAAGAUCCACUACAACUCAUUCUCUAUUUUGGCCUCGCCAUGUGUGUCUAUCCAGCAUUCCUCGCACUAUAUCCUACCAUGGAGCGCCUCCACAAUGUGCGAGCUCUACAUUAUAGUAAUGGUGUGCGCAGUUUGCCAUUGUGGCUGGCUCAUUUCGGUUUUGAUUCUAUCUUGAUCCUGGUCAUCAGUGCCAUUGUCUCGAUUCUAUUUGCUGCGCUCUAUUCCCAUUGGUUCCAUGUCGGGUAUCUCUUUUUGAUUUUCCUGCUUUACGGACUUACAUCAACUUUGCUCUCCUACGUGCUUUCUCUCUUCGCACCGUCCCAGCUUGCGGCAUUUGCCUUCUCUGCUGGCGGUCAAGCUGUCAUGUUCUUGAUAUACUUCAUCGGGUAUAUGUGUUCUCUUACAUAUGCGCCCGUCCAGAUCGUAUCUCAAACAGUCAAUAUUGUGCACUUUACGAUCGCUGCGAUUACGCCUUCGGGCAAUCUUAUGCGUUCCCUUCUCCUCGCCCUCAACUUAUUUUCCAUUCUCUGUCGGAACCAAGAAAUUGUGUCCUAUCCCGCCGGCAUCACUGUUUAUGGUGGACCAAUUCUCUAUCUCAUCAUUCAGGGAGUUGUAUUGUUCGCUAUUCUACUUAGAUGGGAUCAUGGAUCUAUUUUCGCUCGAUUUCAAAGGCCAGUACGUGUUGAGGAUAUCGAGGAGAUUAACACUCAGGAUCAAGACGUCAUCAAUGAAGCAAAGCGUGUCCAAGAGGCGGACGAUGGCCUGAGAGUACUGAAUCUCAACAAGUCCUUUGGGAAAUUUGCCGCCGUCCAGAAUAUCUCCUUCGGAGUCAAGAAGGGUGAAGUUUUUGCCUUGCUUGGGCCUAAUGGUGCCGGGAAAACUACGACAAUCAGCAUGAUCCGAGGCGAUAUUCGGCCAUCACAUCAUGGCGACGUGUUCAUUGAUAAUAUCUCGCUCAACAAGCAUCUUGUACUUGCGCGACAGCGACUGGGAGUGUGCCCGCAGUUUGAUGCGAUUGAUCAGAUGACCGUCUGCGAACACCUUCGAUUCUAUGCUCGCAUCAGAGGCGUUGCUGACGUUGAACGGAAUGUUCAAGAAAUUAUGCGCGCUGUCGGUAUCUCGCAGUUCUCGAAUCGUAUGGCUGCCAAGUUGUCAGGCGGUAACAAGAGGAAGCUUAGCUUGGGUAUUGCACUAAUGGGUAACCCGAGUGUCGUCCUGUUGGACGAACCUUCAUCUGGAAUGGAUGCUGCUUCCAAGCGUGUGAUGUGGGAAACACUUUCUUCUGUGAUCCCUGGUCGAUCAAUCAUCUUGACUACACACUCAAUGGAGGAGGCUGAUGCGCUUGCGAACCGAGCAGGCAUCAUGGCAAGGAAGAUGCUGGCGCUUGGAACUGCCGAUGAGCUGCGCCGGCGAUAUGGAAGCUCGUACUAUGUUCAUUUGGUCACCAAAAGCGCGCCCCACACAGAUCCGGAGGAGAUGCAAUACAUCAAAACAUGGAUCUAUGAAUAUUUUCCUGGAGCAGAAGUGGAAGAUCGAACUUUUCAUGGCCAAGUGCGUUUCAGUGUUCCCGCCAUGUCAACUGGAACAGAAUACCUGGUGGCGAGGAAGGGACAAGAUGACGUUGUGGAAUAUCAAGCACCUAUGGCAUGCAAAGUCAGCGCACUUUUUGCUCUGCUCGAGGCGUCCAAGGAUAUGCUUGGGUUGGCCUAUUACUCGGUCUCUCGAACAAGCUUGGAUGAAGUUUUCCUCGCCAUUGUCGGCAAGCACAACGUAGAGGAAGAAGGACAAGGUCCUGAGGAAGACAAGAAGCGGUGGUAUAAGGCGAUUUGGAAAUGAAAUUUUUGUGUAUAUAUAUAUAUUUUUUUUUAUCUAUUCUAGAUACCCUACACAGAUCU